CGAUAAGGUACUAAUCGACAUUAACCCACCUCUAAAGUGCCGACCAUAAACAAAGUUAAUAUCAAAUAAACGCCCAGAGUUCUUCUCUGUUGUUAAGCAAAUAAAGUAACUGUUUAGCAUGUCUCUCUUUCCGGCCUACGGCGGUGGCCAGGCCCCAGCAGCCGGCAGUGCGAAAGAGAUGGCGAAAACAGAUGAAGAGCCGCCAGCAACAAGCGCGAAUUGGAAAAACAACGAGAGUUACAUCCAAAAGCAUAUAGAAGAUGUGGAUAUAGCAACUGAGGAAGCCCAACCAGACAGCUCCGCCAGCAGCGAGGACUCCGAGGAGGAGGCGGACAAGCGGAAGCAAGAGGAUGUCCCCAGGGCCAAGGAAAUAUCCCGCCGUAAACCCCUAGAAUUCGAUGUCAGCGAUGAGUUCUAUGUGGACAAGAAGGGCAACAGCUCCUAUAGAAACAUCAGCACCCUGACAAAGCCCGCGCGACCACGCUUCAAAACCCGGAUGGCACGACUAUGGGAUGAGGAAGACAGGCACCUUGGCUUCUCAAGGGCUCACUCCAAGUUGACCCUGAAGAACAGUCGCUACAUCAGAAAGCAGCUGCCCGUUGAAACACUCAGCGAUGAGGAGGUGUCCAGGCUGCGGGAGGAGCUCACCCGCAGCAAAGUGCUCGUCCAGCGGGAACCCGAGGUGCUGGACCACUGGCUGGAGCUGCACCGCCUGCUGAAUCUCAAUUUGGACAAGGCCAAUCGACUGGCGGUGGCGGAGCAUCAGCUACACACUCUGGAAACGGCUUUGGAGCACCAUCCGUCCAAUGAACAGAUUCUGCGGCUCUACACGGACGUGGCCAAUGCCACAUAUCAGGCUAGCGAGGUCGCUGCACGCUUAGAGAAAAUGCUGAAGAAAAACCCCUUCGAGUACAUUCUGUGGACAAACCUAAUAAUGGUCACCCAAGGCAACAUGGCGCGUUGCAACGUGCCAGCGGUGCUCCAGAUUUACGCGUACAGCAUGCGCCGAAUGCAAGUGGGACACACUGAUGAAAUAACCCGCAGAUUCGAGACGACGGAGACGGAUGUGAUAAUGCUGAAAUUGUUUCACAAUUGCUUACUAUUUCUACGCCAAUCUGGCUAUAUUAACAGGAUGUUUUCCUUGAUCCGCUUGUCCAUGGAUCUGAAUUUCCCAGGCCUGUCGCUGGACUGCCUAGAGGCAUGUGCCGAAAAUGAAAAACCAUUGAUUGAGUUCGAGGAAAUGGUGCUGCGUUCGGGAAUGCCGAUGCCCGAGAUCUGGUCGCGAGUGGAGAAACUCAGGCAGGCGUACAGCUACCUGCCGUUUCCACUCUUAACGUGCGAGGCGAUUGAUGACUUCCGAUUCCGAGAUGGGCUGGAUUCCGAACGAUGCGUGUUCAGCGACGAUGUUGUCCCAUUUGCACACGCACUCAAGUCACCAGACAAUCGCUUGCACCUGCUGCUUGUGGUUGUUCAACUAACGAAAAUGCCCCUGAUUCGGAGCUCUUGUUUGGCGGACAAAUUAAAUCCUUGCAUUGAUGAGUUCGGCGAGUCUGAGGCCAUUGAAAUGCUCUUCGCUGUCCUGACAGAUAGGCACUCCUAUGCGCUGCCUUUCUCGCACUAUGCACACUUUUAUGCGCCCAUGAUCAACUUGGUCAAGGGCUUGUCCGUGACUCCCAGCUUCAUACCGCACUUUGUGGGCCAUGAAGUGUAUGCGGAUACCGUCAGCAAAUUGCUACUCAAAUGCAGCGAAGCCUUUAGCGGCGAGGAGACCAAGCGACGGGUGUUCCUGAUUCUGUGGUUUCGAUUCCAACGGCUCUUAAUAGUGCUGCACAAGCUCAUGGGCAAGCUAACGAAAUCUUAUUUGAAGGAUACACGCAGCCGGAUUCGCGACCAAGUGAGUUUGCCAGAGAAUCGGGAUAUUAUACGUUUCUAUACGGAGCUGGCCUUGUGCGAAUUCGAGGCUCAGGAUAAAAACGACAAUGACGGACGGAACUUUUCCGUAUUUUGGAAGAUCAUCUCCGAGAAAUCGUCUGAAUCGAGCCGCAUCAGUUGCACGGACAUGAUGCAUCUCUAUUUGGUUUGUGCUGAGUUGCUUAUACAAAAUGGUCUUAAGGACAGGGCCAUCCAAGUGCUCAUUUCACUGUGUCUGGAAACACAUGCCACUUUAGACGAGACACCUAGCAACUCCAAGCAACUGAUUGUGAAAAGCAUGAAGAGCGGAAUGAAGCUGGUGAAGGCGGAACUGGAAGCCCUCGAUUCACAGCCGGCUGAGAUGGCUUUGGAGGAGUACUUCCUGCCCAACAAACUGCUCAUCUUGUUGCGCGUUCUCUGUUUAAUCGACAUAUUGCAUAACCCCCAGAAUCUGGAGAUUAGAAAUUUUCUCAAUGAGCUGCAGCGGAACCAACUUGGCCCCGAGGCAGCCAAGGCCAACGAAAGAAGGCGUUUCCUUAGGGAGCAAGUCAUGGAAAUGCAGAUGCUACAGCUGCAGUUGUGCAUUUCACUAUCUGAUUAUGAUAUGUACUACGGAUUUACUAACAGGAGGCUGGAGGAACUGCUGGAACGUGGACUCGACGAAUUUCCACGAAAUAUGGUCUUUCUACAGCACUGGGCCAGCCUUAAAACGAUAUUGUGGUACAAGCAGCGUGGCUGCCUUAUACGCGCCAAAGCCGGUAUCGCUUCACUAGCGCACCUGGUCAUUGCUGCUUACAGUCGCUUUGGGAGCAUAGAAGACAGCGAUGCUUUUUCGAGUGACGCACUACAGGUGGCGGCGCGCAAUCGUUUACUCAGCUUGUUUGAGACUUUCCUCCCGACCAAUUUAAAUCGCUCGGAGAUCGAGGAGCAGCAGUAUCGCGUUUUGCGCAGAAACUCCAUCUUUUGGCGCCUGUACAUGACGUGCCUAUCCGAGGCGAAUGCCGCUUUUCACCGCUGCAAGGAUGUCCUGCUGAUGGCGAUUGACGAGUGUCCCUGGGACAAGGCCUUACUAAUGACGGGCGGCAUGAUUUUGCCGAAUGAACAGUCAUUCCUACAUGACCUGAUGACCGAAAAGCAUAUGCGCAUUUUCGCUGUGCCCGAGGAACUGGAAAUCUUGCGGGACCAGUGAGUCUCGUCGGUUAAACUUCUCAAUUGUUUGAUGUUAUUUACCAUUCGAGCAACUCGAUAAGCAAGCUCUUUAAAUAUAUUUUUUUUUAUCCCAAUUACAGAGCUGAAGUUUGCUUUGACGAAAUUAUGAUAAGCUGUUUGAAAUAAUGUACGCAUAUGCAUACCUUACUUUAUAAAUCUUAAACCUUUUAAUUGCUUAUCAGAAUUGGAGCAUUAACAAAUUCGAUAAUUCGCCAUCCGAUUAUGUCAAAAAAUUCCACUACUUUAUAGCCGUUGCUGCGCGGAGUACCCAAUCGCAUAUCAAAUGUCCAACUCCAUCUUCUGGCCAAUCCGCUCCCAGAAUUUAGCGUUUUCCUGUGUUUAUUUUUUUGAAUUUGUUAUCGCAAGAUAACCGAAGAAAACUUAUAAGGCAAAACAGCGCCGAAAGAAGCCCUGAGGUCGCAAUUGUAGCACCUUUGUUACUGAAAAUAACGUAUAUUGUAAAUAGUUGUUAGGUCUGUUUAGCAAACGCUUAGAUCAGUUAAGAAUGUAUUUUAAGAUGUUUUCUACAUUUUAGUUAAAUUAUUAUUGAAAUGUGUUGUCUUAAUAACACACUUGUUAAGACACUUAGAUGUAAUUUGUACAGCCUAAGGGUUUUUGUAACUCUUCAUAUUAAACGACAUCAGUGAUAUUAACGGUUAAA